AGGUGCCACUGCCGUCUUGGAGCAGCUGACGCUCACCGGGACUGCCACUAGGCCCCGCGCGAAAUUGGAAUCUGACAUCGAGUCCAUUGGAGCCACUCUGGAUCUCAGCUAUGGUCGGGAACAUUCGAGCUUUAAUAUGACCGUCUUCAAGAGCGAUCUUGCUCAGGGUGUAGACAUCUUGUCAGACAUGGUGACGAAGCCAGCUUUGGCCAACUAUGCCAAGGAAAAAGCCAACAUCCUGCGGAAACUCGAGGAAACUGAGCAAGACACGCGAAAGGUGAUCGAUGACAGGCUGCACGCCUGCGCCUUCCGGGACUAUUCUCUGGGCUUCUCCACCGUUGGACCCUUCGAAAAUAUCGACAGCCUGAGCCAGGAGCAUUUGAAGAAGCACGUCGAAAGUAACUUCACGGCCGACAAGAUGGUCUUGGCGGCAUCAGGAGCGGUGAAGCACGCAGACUUGGUGAAGUUGGCCGAGAAGGCCUUCGGAGGAGUCAAGGCAGGAGCACCAAAAUCCUACAGCACUAAGCCGUACUUCUGCGGUGCGCAGCUCUUGUACCGCAACGACGAGAUGGGCCCCUUGGCCUACAUUUCUACAGCCUGGGAGGCUGUUCCCUACAAGAGUCCAGAUGCCGUCACUUUCAUGGUGAUGCAGGCGAUCAUCGGAAAGUACAAGAAGAAUGUGGGAUUAGUCCCGGGUAACAUCUCAGGCAACCGCUGCGUCAAUGCAGUGGCUAACAAAAUGGGUGUUGGCUGUGCGGAGGAGUAUGAAGCAUUCAUCCAGUUUUACAAGGACACUGGCCUAUUUGGCUUCUACAUUGUGUGCGAUGAGGUCGCGGUGGAACAUGCCAUCGGCGAGCUGAUGUUCAACAUCAACUUGCUCUCCUUCUCCGUCACAGACGAGGAGGUGGAGCGUGCCAAGAGGGAGUUGAAAGCUACGCUGGUGAAUGGUUCGGGAAGCACCCAGGAAAGUUGCAACCAGGUUGGAAAGGAAGUGCUGACCUAUGGCCGCGGUGUGCCACCAGCAGAGAUGAUGCUUCGAAUCGAGGCCGUGGAUGCAGAAGAGGUGAAACGAGUGGCAUACAAGUACCUCAACGACCAGGAGAUCUCUGUGACGGCGCUGGGACCGCUGCACGGCAUGCCGGAGCUCUACAUCUUGCGGCAGGCGACGCAGAUGGUUCGAUAUUAGUUGGCUCCGCGUGAGUGGCAGAUAGUGUUAAGGAGUCCUGGAUGACCCAGCAGACUGAACCAUUUUCCAGGAAAUCUAUGGAAAACUG